AUACUUACCCUGUUCAUUAGCAAUUUUUUUAAUUACUAAAAAAUAAUAAUGAAUUAUUUGUAUCUCUCCAGAGUUACAAUAUCGAUAUUUGUAAUUAUUAUUAAAUUAAAUGUGCUAUUGGUAACAUCAGAACUAGUUUCAAUUCAAAAAAGUGAUCCAAGUGAUGGGCGUGAGUAUGAAGACGGAGCGAAUUUCGCAGAAUUUAAUAGCAUGUACGGAAUUUCUAUCGAUGAAGAACUAUUACGUCAAGAUGGAUAUUGUUCUGGUCGAUGUGAUGGACUUGAACCAUCGCGUAGUACUUGGAUUGGACAUAAUUUAAGUCAUCCAAACACAUGCCCAGGAAAAAUUCAUUUUUGCCAACUCAAAGCAAAAAGCGAAAGACGAGAGGCAGCAAAAAAAACAAUAAUUGACACCGUUGGUUCAAGGCCGAUAAAUCUUUCCGGGUAUCUAAGCCGUCUAGAAACUUCACGCAAAUUACAACAAGUACUAGAUCAUACUGGUAACAUUUGCAAAUGUGUAUGUGAACGUACUUAUGAUCCAAAUCCCAGUAAUAUACCAAAAUUACUUGAUUCCUUUUGUACUGACCCAGUAUCAGCUGGUGAUGGAUAUGUUAUAACUGGCUUGAGAUUUAAAAGACACGGUAACGUAAUGUUCCUUGAACCUAAAGAAGGUAAAUUAUCAGAAGGAAUAAUUGAUUCUACAACUUCGAAUUGGAAAACUUCAAGUUAUUGUAAAUCACCGACAAAAGUCAUUGGUAAUUUUAUAAACAAGGGCUACAGCUGUUUAAAACUUAUAUUAGAAGAUAUGAUAUUGCCAGAGAAUGCAGUUCUGACUGAACCACUAAGUUGGUAUAUCCUAACGGGAAUCUUCUGCCGUCUGCAGCUUCAAUAGGAAACAAUACCGAGCUUAGCAAAUCAUGCGAACAUCAUGUAUCAUUCUGUAAAGCUUAUGGUAGCUAUAAUGACAUUCAACCUAUUGGUCCGCUUGUCGAUUUACAGGAAAUCGGCGCGAAUGAAAGUUCACCUGAACCCAUUCGCGGAUUCGGAUUGUACCUGCGAGGUCAUCCUGUCUACGGAGGAGUCCUGGCUCUCAAGAUUUUCAAAAAAAAAAACUUUAAUUUCUCAUCAUAAAUUUUAAA